AUGUCUGCUGCCCAUGUCGGAUCUCCAGCAAUCGGUGCUUCCGGAAAGAAACUGAAGACAAAGCUGACAAGCAAGAAAGCUAGUGUCACGUCGUUUAUCGGCCCGCCCCAUCUUCCUAAACUCCAGCGACAAUUGAGCAAUGGCUCACGUCUCCAACGUUUGAUCCGGAUGCAUAACACACUCGUGAAGUACGAGAAGAUCUGCGCGCCAUUUGAUACCGAUACGAUUGCGUUAGAGGCAACAACCGAGCCAAAAUUGAUAGCUGCCAAGAUGAUGCUGACAACUGCCGUUACGUAUAUUGCAUUGACAGGAAGCUCCCGCCUGGUGUUAACGCGCAUGAUCCAGGUACUGAACGGAAAGCCUCUGUCUCGAGCGAAGGCCCAGCAUUGUCGCGAGGCAGUUGCGAUGUUCGUGAUUGUGCCGAAGAACUGGAGGAUGCAAAGAACGGUGCCAAGUACGCAUGCUGCGCUCAAGGAGCCGGUGAUAUUCACCGAUUGGGAUGUGGGCGUGUCCAAGACACUACUGACUUUCGCGAUGCAGAAGCUGCGGGAGGGUUUCGCGUCAAUUUGUAACGUAGAGAAUGAUCAUCGGGCCAGUACUCACCAGAACGUUAUCACGGUCAUGAGCCCAAGGAUUCAGUUGAAGAACAUCGCGCCCACCAUUGCUCUCGGCAGAGUGAGCGAGGCAUCUGCCCUUUGUCAGUCGAAGUCACAUAUCAACGGCAGACUCAUCGCUAUCGUUUCACUUCGCCUGUAUCACAUUUCACGCAUCAAGAGCAACGCCCACGCCGCCGCCAACGACUCCUCCGACAUCGUCCUCCUCGCCACCACCCUCCCGCAGAUAUUCAUGCAAGUCGAGGUGCACUACAACAUCAUCGCCGCCACGAUCCCAUGUCUUCGCAUCUUCCUUAAAUCAUUCCACUCCGGAUAUCCCGGCGGCAGAGCUCUCGACGACUCAAAAGCGUAUGUUCUGCGGUCGGCAACCGGGCUUGCGACGAAGGGCAGCGGUGCAGAAAACGAUGGAAGACUUUGUGUGAACGUGACCACGAGUGUGGAGCUGCAGAGGUUCAAUGUAAGGGACAUGCAAAGAAGUAAAAGGGGGCCGAGUAGUGAUGCUGCUAGUGAUGCUUCCGAGAUGCCUUUGUACGACACUGUGGCGACUACGACUAUCUGUAGCCCUGAACGUAGCCGAUAA